CACCAACUCUUCUUCUCUACGAUACACCACAAAAUAUAUGUAUAUUAUAUAUAUACACACACAUAUACAAUCACCGCCACCAAACCCAAAAACAAAUCUCUUGGUUUGCUACCAGCAAAAUCUAGUCUUUAAUCAAUCCAUCGAUGGAGGAGUUGCCACCAGAUGUCAUGGCCGAUGUUCUCUCAAGGCUUCCGGUCAAGACCAUCAUCCACUGCAAGCUUGUUUGCAAGAAGUGGCAGAAUCUGGUUUUGGACUCUUACUUUGUUAAUCUUCACCUCUCCAAAUCACCUCCAAGCCUCGUCAUUCAUCAUAACUCUGAAAAAGAUCUUAUAGGUUAUUACAAACCGGGAAUUUUGAAGUGGGUGGAAAUAGAAGAUGAACUCGAUCACCACCAUCUGCAUCACGACCCUGUCACGAGCCUUGAUCUUAAUCUUGCACCCAGUUUCCAGAAGACUCAAAUACUCCCGGUGGGCUCAGUGAAUGGUCUGAUCUGCUUAUGGCAGUUUGGUCCUGAAGGUGAUAAUACUUACAUAUGCAAUCCAAUCACCAGAGAAUACAUGAUCCUCCCUAGACAACGAUACUAUAGAGAAGGUUAUGCAAUAAUCGUGUAUGGUUUUGGAGUCAGCUUAAUGACAGGGGAGUACAAAGUAAUAAGGACUUUCCAAGGGGAUAUACCGCCAGACCCUUAUGUAUCAUCACGACCCAGUCUGUUAGAAGCCGAGGUUUACACCCUUGGCACAAACCAAUGGAGAAGUCUUGGUCAUGUCCCAUACUGGCUUAAUGGGUUCCAUGGGCCAUUUCUGAACGGCCAUUUUCAUUGGAUUGUUUGUGAGAAGGAUGAUGCCUCUGAAAAGCUUUGUACUUUUGAUUUAGACAAGGAGACAUUUCAAUUGUUUCCUUCUCCUCCUAUUGAAUCUAUAGAAGAAAGUCAAAUCCAUUUCCAAAGUUUAGCGGUCCUAAAGGGUUGCUUGUGUCAAUCUGAUACCUACGAUUCUGAAUUCACGAUAUGGGUGAUGAAGGAAUACGGGAUCAAGAAAUCUUGGCAUAAAGAGGUGGUGAUCAAGCAAGCUAUCAGCCCUGAUCUAGAUUGGCUGAUGUGGGAACCCAUGUAUCUGAUUGAGGGUCUAAAAGAUGGAAGGAUUUUGAUGAUGUAUUGUGAAGACAAACUGUUGUCAUAUUGUCCUAAGAGCAAAACAGUCGAAAACACAGAAAUUUUCGACCGCUACUUAUCAGGAAUGGCUUAUCGUCCUAGCUUUCUUAAACUCGAGAACUUUGAAUCUGAGAGGGUUCAUGUGUUGUAAAGGUCGAAGAAACUCCACCAUGAACACCCACUUUCGAAUUUAUGUUACCAUUCCAUUCAAAUCUAUGCAAGUAAUUCCUAGUUUCAUCUUAAAGUAGUAUUGUACAGGUUUCACAUACAUCCAUCACUGUAUAAAC